UGUUGGGACGCUUUUCCGUAUGGGAAUUGUAGUUUUUUCACUAUCCCAGUACGUCAGCGGAAGUGUUUUGAGUGUGCACUGGGAGGUCACAUUGUUGCAGUUUUGUAAUGUUUUGAGAGCGAGAAACAGCGCUAUAAUGGAAGCAGCUAAAGCAGAGGAACCUCAUCUCAGGCAUGUGGAGACAGAUGUCCUGAUUCCCAAGAUAAUGAGGGAGAAAGCCAAGGAGCGAUGUGCUGAGAAAGUUGAAGCCUUCAACCACUGCUGUAAGGAAUCUGGUGUCUUGAUGGUGUUCAAGUGUCGCGAAGAGAACGCUGCACUGAAGGAAUGUCUGACUGCGCACUACCAAGACCCUGUCUUCUUUGAGGAGUGUAAGAAGGAGUACCUCCAAGAGAAGCUGGAGUAUGAGAGGACGGGGAUUCCGGCCAAGAACAGGAAACAGAAACUCCCAACCAGCAUGUAAACAAACAAGAUCGAACCCUAGACAAACAGAAUCGCAUUUUGAAGGGGGUGGAGCUGGAGGCUCAGGCCAGAACCAGCACCAGCACCUAGUCCUGUACGUAAAAGAUAUACGGUGAUGAUCCACCAAAGUCUGAUACACAGAAAGCCACAGUGCCGACUGGCUUGGUUUAAAACCUUGGAAUCAGUGACAUUUUCUGUGCUUUGAUGUGAACAAAUGUGAUACAUGUUCAAUUGUUUGAGUAUGUAUAUGUAAAAGAAUCUGUCAGAAGGCUCUUGCAUUAAAUUUGUCUUACCUUGGCCGGGUCAGUCAGUGUUUUUGUCAAGGAUAUGAGCAGGGAUGUGCAGCACACUCACCUAUCUUUGUGUCCUUUUAUCCCCACCUGUCAGCUCAGUAACUUUUGGUUUGAUAACAGUAUACUCUGCCCCUCAGCAGCAUAUUCUCCUAUCCAACUAUGGCUCACAUCAGGCCUGUAAGGAGAGGCAGCAGUUAUAAGUUGAGGGGUUCCAGCUCUCCACUGGCCUCUUUUUUUUUUUUUUUUUUUUUUGGUGUGUUUGUGUUGUACUUCAGGUUUCCUCAUUUUAAUAAAGCGAGCAUUUCAGUAGG